AUGAGCGAGUGGAUGCAUUUCCGGUCGUUUGAUGCGCCUAACGGGUGGAGCGCGCGCGGAGGGCAAGGACGGAAUCCUUACGUGCUGUCAGCCGAUCCCUGUGUCGCCGUGGCAGCGAAUAUGGUGACGGCGUCGCUGGGGACGGAGACCGACGGGUCCAUAAUUUGUCCGUCGGCGGCAAAUUCAGUGGUGGGAAUUAAGCCUACGGUUGGACUCACUACCGCCAGGGCUGGGGUCAUCCCUGUAUCGCCGAGACAAGAUACCGUCGGGCCAAUUUGUCGAACAGUGUCUGAUGCAGUGCGGGUAUUGGAGGCGAUCGUAGGGUUCGACGAGAGGGAUGCUGAGGCCACCGGAGCAGCAUUGAAGUACAUACCUCGAGAAGGAUACAGGCAAUUCCUUAAGGCCGAUGGAUUGAGAGGGAAGAGGGUAGGGCUUCUGAGAAACAAGUUCCUCGAGUUUCCUCGUGGAUCUAUCGAAGGAGAGAUUUUUGAGGAGCAUUUCGACGUGAUGAGGAAGAAAGGAGCCAUACUGGUCGACAAUCUCGAAAUAGAGAAUGUGGACACCAUCCUCGAUGACAAUCUAAGCGGGAGGACACUCACAUUGCUGGCAGAAUUCAAGAUAUCACUAAAUGCAUACCUCUCCGAUCUAUCGCUAUCACCCAUGAGAUCUCUCCUCGACGUUAUACUAUUCAAUAACAAACACGGUAUCGAUGAAAGGGUAGAAGAAUAUGGCCAACCCGUAUUCCUGGAAGCUCAAAAUACGAGCGGGUUGGGUCCCACCGAACGACGAGCCAUAGCCAAAAUGGCACAUCUAUCAAAGCAAGGACUGGAGAGGUUGAUGAUAGAGAAGCAGUUGGAUGCAGUGGUGACAGCCGAUGCGACGUUCACUAGCGUUCUCGCAAUUGGUGGAUAUCCUGGGAUCAGCGUCCCUGCAGGAUACGGCGAAAAAGGGGUUCCCUUCGGUAUUUGCUUUGGCGGACUGAAGGGUUCUGAACCAAAGUUGAUUGAGAUUGCUUAUGGCUUUGAGCAAGCAACCAAAGCUCGAAAGCUGCCUAUGUUCAAACCUUAGGAAUUGUGCUUUAGAGAAGAGAAGAAUAAUGCACACUGGGACUUCAUUAUAUAUAUGAUCUCUGAAAAAAUUGCACUCUCUUGAAAAGGAC